AUGGUGAAUACAUCAACACCUAGAGAAUCAAUUGAUAAGGAUCAUUCCAGUUUAAAUGUACAUGUUCCACAGCAACAAUCCAAUGAAUUGGAAUUACUUGCAAAUCAAAAUUCUUUGUCUUCAAAUCUUGUUCGAGAAAUUGAAUCAUUACAAAUUCCAAACUCAAAUCGUGAAAAAAUUUCCAACGAACAAUUUUUAAAUUCUUCGUCAAUGUCAUCAACUUCAUUAUCUUCAACAUCUCAAACAAUUACAUUUGAUCCAGUUGCAGCAUUGGCAAAUCCUUCAUCGAUACCAAAGCGUAUUCUAGAUAAAUGUAAACAAUUUCUUUUAUCCAGUUCACCUGUAAUUACACGAACAUGCUGGAACCGACGGUUUGGUGGCAAUGCCAAUUUGUGCUAUCAAGCAACACAAUUAUUAUUAGCAGCUGAUUUAUUGAUGGAAGGUCAAUUUAUAGCAUGUUCAACAAAAUCUUCUACUAAUUGGAUAAAAAAAUUACCAACUGAUCCAACAAAUACAACAACAACCUUGAGCUUUCAACAAAACAAAUUAAAUAUUUUUGGAAUAACAUGGAAUCAAUAUGUUUCAUCUUUUCAACAACUGGAAUUUGGUCAUAGUCGUUCAUCAGGUUUGAUAUCACAAGCUGCAGCAACAAUUCUUCGUUCUAAACCAUAUCUUGAUAUUGGAUUUAUCUUGGAUGAAACAAUUAUUUUUGAAAAAAAGGAAAAAAAAACACUUGUAGCCCAUCGACAAGAUCAAACAGAACCAGCAAAUUUAAGUUUAACAUCAGUUCAAGAUAUCCAUCUGACUUCGUUUUCAGAACAAGAGAAUUCAAAUGCAAUACAUGCAGAUUCAACAGCAUCCAUUGUUACCCAAUCUUUACCAAUUAGUGAUACAUCUAAUAUUUUAAUACAAUCAACAUUAUUUAGUUCAGCACCUAUUGAAACAUCAUUCAAUAACCCAACAUCAAAUGCACCAUCAACACCUAAACGAACAAGACGUGAAUUAAGUCCUAUGAAAACCAGAUCAAAAACUCGACGUCUCGAUAAAUACGAUGAACAAUAA